GCCUCUAUCUGGCACCGCAGCUAUUUCUUCCUCAUAAUACCCAUCUGCAAAUCUCUUGAAGGUGCAUUUGUACUCAUCUUUUGAAAGAAGAAGAAUUUUGCACAAAUAAAAUAGAAUUGUCUGCAAUGUUUGCUUCAUCUUGUGAGGCCAUCUACAGUGACUGACAAAGGUCCUGACCACAAAACCAGACAGAAGUCACUUCUCUCUCUUCUGUUUCUCUCUUGUUCUCCCUCUCUCCACUCUCAGCUCUGUUUUGUUAAAGGCAGUCCAGUUUGAAGAAGUCAUUUUCAGCUCUGCUACAGGGAAUUUCCAGAGCACAACCGUCACCCAGUUCCAACCCAAGAUGAAGACCAAGUACUGCCCCCUCAUCCAGGUUAUGAUAAAUAUCUCACACAAUUACACACACAUUGACUACACAUCGGUGUCCCUGCACGGGAUCAUCGCAGUAUUCGGGAUCCUGGAGAACUUGCUCAUCCUGUGGGUCAUCGGCUUCCGAGUACGCCGGACGGUGGUCAGCGUCUGGAUCCUCAAUCUCGCCGCUUCUGAUUUCCUGGCCUCCCUCUCGCUACCCUUCUUCGCCUACUUCCUGGCCAAAGGACACACCUGGACCCUGGGGAACACCUUCUGCAAGAUCCACUCCUCCAUGUUCUUCCUCAACAUGUUUGUCAGCGGGUUACUUCUGGCCACCGUCAGUGUAGAUCGCUGCCUGGUAGUGCUUUAUCCAGUCUGGUCCCAAAACCACCGCGAUGUCCGUCUGGCAACCCGGGUCUGCCUGGGAAUCUGGGUCUUGGCUAUCAUCAACACUAUCCCCUUCUACAUCUUCAGAGACACCAUUGAGCGUGUUGAUGGCGGUAUAAUGUGUUACUACAACUACGCUCUUUACAGCUCCCCGGAUGAUGAUAUUGAGUCCCUUUGCGCAGUGAGGCAGGACUUUCUGGCUGCCAGCAAGUUCAUUUUGUCCUUCCUCAUCCCACUGCUGGUGAUCAUAAGCAGCUACACAGCCGUGAGCUUCCGGAUCAAGAGACGCAACAAGCGCCGUUCCAACCGCUUCUUCAAGCUGAUCGCGGCGGUCAUUGUCACGUUCAUCCUCUGCUGGAUUCCCUACCACAUCUUCAGCCUUCUCGAAGUGACUUCACGAAACCAGCCUAAUCUGAAAGUCAUAGUUGGGAAAUAUCUCCCCCUGGUGGCCAGCCUGACUUUCAUCAACUGCGUGAUUAACCCUUUCCUCUACGUGUUCAGCUGCCCCGAUUUUACCGCCAAGAUCCGCCAGUCACUGACCGUGGUUAUGGAGAGCGUUCUGGUGGAAGAUGUUGACGUUAAUCGCAGGCGUAGCACCACGCGCUCUUCAGCCAGCACCAGCGAGUUUCUGACUCAGGGGUAUAAGUUCCGCUGGCACCGGGAAAAGCGUGGAAGCUGUGGGGAAGGCAAAGAAGAUGAGGAACAUCCAGCAGUGUUUUAAAAGACUGGAUUUCAAGGGCUGAGGGGAUGAAUAUUGCGCAGUGGAGAUCACAAUAAGUUUAGAUGAGCGCAAACACUGUGAUUUGCAACCCUUGUCCUCAAAUACCGUUAUAAAGGUUUCCCAUAGUAAACACAUAGCAAAGUGUAAAAGCAUAGCGAAAACACGGUAAAGUAUAAGCAAGCAGGUAAUUAGACAGGUAUGGUAAAAUACAUUAGCAAUAGCAAACCAUGGUAAGCUAUGGUAAAUGCUUAGUAAAACCAUGAGGAAAGCAUGGCAAAAUUGUAUUGCAGUUUGGUGAUUCAAUAUCCAGAGAAAUCACUGUAGCUACACAGAGCUUAAAGUCUUGGAGUCCUGGAGUGCUGCCUUAUGUGCACUAGAAAACAAUGCAUGUUUAAAACACAUUUUGGAAAUAAAAACCUGGACGGUUGGGGGAACGCUGUUAAAAAUGAAGGGUUUAAACAAGUAAAUGGUUCUUAAGACAAGCUAUUUUUUUAUUCAUGUGUAAUUACUGGAUAUAGUUUUUUCUAUGUUUUUUUAAAGGGGAUAAAAUAACCAAGGCUUUAUUCGCAAGACCGUUGUGCUGGUCACUUCAUUUCAGUUCCUAGUUGAAGCCCAUUUGCCUUUCCACAACACAGUUCAUUUCCUCCCUGUGUUACAGGUAACAGGACCCCACCUGAGCCACACGUUUUAAUUCUGUGCUGCCCACAGGAACCUAUAUGGAGACAGAUAAUAAGGGCCGGAAUUAAGUUUAAUGGGGGUCCAGGGGCUGUUAUUGUUUUGGGAGUCCCUCUUUGUAUAUUAAUUUGCUUCCCUUUACUGUUUUACUACCACCACGCUCAAUUAACUUUAAUGUCAAAUUAUUCAGUCUUAGCUGAUCCACAUUUGACUCAAUUCGAUGUUUGAAUUAGCGCCAGUUUUGAAAAUGAGCAAUGGCCACAGUGCUAGUUACUGGCAGUUUGAAAUACAAAAUGGGAAGUGCAAACUGCAGACUCUUUUGUCGUAAAGCCAAGUUAUCUGGAAAUGUGUCAUCCUUAUCUCUUACGAAUAUGUACGUGUAUAAUAGGUUUAAAUAUAUAAGCAGUCAAAAAAUGUUUAGCAAAUAAUACAGGAUAGUACACAGCGCUUUCUUAUGGAAUGUUGUUUUUUUAUUGUUAUUUGUGUAAAGCUACAGUUUGUCUGUUUUUUUGUUUUGUUUUGUUUUGUUUUUUGGGGGACAAAUGAGGCAGGCUGUGUUUUAAGACAACCUAAAAACUUCAUGGGAACCCGGUUUAAGAAAGCGGUACAUGGAGACUGCCCCACUGUAAUCCAUAUAAACCUAGGUUGUUUCCUCAUGUUGAUUUCUCUCCAAUGUAUUUUCCGAAGUACUGGUACCUUCGCAUAUAUUAGUUGGUAUUGUAUUAAAACAGCGUGUCGUCGUUGGUGUUUUAUUCUAAAAUAUCUUAAUCUUGAUGGCACUACUUGUUGUGUUUCACGUGGCACGUGACUUGAUCGCAGGUCAAGUCAUAUGAUCAGGCAGUCUCUGCUCCUCUAUCGCAAUACGACGUGCUUAAACAGACGUGGUGCUCCGAUCCAUACAGCCACACGCUAAUAUAUAUAUGGGAGGCUGUUUGGUCCAGUGGUUAAAGAAAAGGGCUUGUAACCAGGAGGUCCCCGGUUCAAAUCCCACCUCAGCCACUGACUCAUUGUGUGACCCUGAGCAAGUCACUUAACCUCCUUGUGCUCCGUCUUUCGGGUGAGACGUAAUUGUAAGUGACUCUGCAGCUGAUGCAUAGUUCACACACCCUAGUCUCUGUAAGUCGCCUUGGAUAAAGGCGUCUGCUAAAUAAUAAAAAAAUAAAUAAAUAAAUAUAUAUAAUAGGCAGAUAAUUCUCUCUCUCUCUCUCUCUAAAUAUAAAUUCUGCCUAUUAUCUGUAACACAGGAAGGAAAUCUAGCACUGCUAAGGCCUUAUUUCCAUAAAGACCAAAGAAGGUACUCGAUGGCUCUAAUAAUCAGUGAGCGAGGAAAGACUUAAACCUCAGGGGACGAAAGGACGGGAGUCAUCUUUAGUCAAAAAUUGAUUAUUUUUGCGUUACCCAUCGUGUUUUUGUGUUUAUACGACACGCAAUUAGCCAUUUACUUAUAAUGAUACAAUCACCCACUUUAGACCGCCAGCGAAGAGCCAUGGGCGAAAAACGGGCAAUAAGCGAGGGUGAUAGUGAGGGUCAAAAAAAACAAAACAAAAACACACACACGCACACACACACACACACACAACCUUAUAUGUGUGCAAUAAAUUCAAACGUUUUAUUUUUUUAGUUAUACAAUUCCAGUAUCUCCAGGCCAUUUUAAUAAAAUAUUAAAAACAAACAAAAAAAGAAGUUGAAUAUGUACAGGCAAGCACUUUUUUAAAACAAAAACAAAUAUUCUGCUGUUUACAAAACUGAUGCUAGUUUAAGUCAGCCUUCAUUUGUGCAAAACUUGGACGUAAACAAACAGACCUCUUCCCGUACUUUCUUUUUUAAAACAUUUACUGUGGUUUAUAAAAGUCACUUAUUUUAGACUGCGUCAAGCCUUUUUCAGGUUAAGCAAAUCGACCCGUUCCAUCAAGGUAAGCCAUUUGUUUUAUCCAUCAGAAUGUCUCUGAUUUUCCUUUGAUUUACAGUAUAUGCCUCACUUAGGCGAGAAAACGUAUGCGAUGUCUUGCUGACUUGCUUUCUUAUUUUCAGACGCAUGCAUGCAGAUUUUGUUCUUUUGCUCUGGUGUUAAAUGUAGGGUCGACUCGCCAUUCUGUACUUUCUGUUUUGCUUUGCGAGGGUGAGUGUUGAUGACAUUGGUAUGAACGUUCAGUUAACAACGAACUAGGAAAGCGAGUCACAUGACCCAAAAGACAGAGGUGAAAUGACCCAGGAAGUGUAACAGACUUCCUACGAAUAAGGCAUAGAAACUGAGCCCAAGUUCUACCAUGUUUUUUAAAUUUAAAAAACAUGCGCGCUAUAUUGUAUCAUGUGUUUCUUUCAGAACUGAGGUACUGAGCCACAUUUGCACAGCUAUAGAAGGCUGUACUUCACAGCUGCCGGUGGUGCCUGCAGCACGCAUGGCGUGGGCUGCUGUAAACUGCAGGUGCUGAUAAUGGUUUUGAAUACCAGGCUUCUGUUCAGCUUAUCAGUAUCUAUCCAAUAGAAGUGAUUUGUUUGUACAGCCCUCCACUGCUCCCCCGUGGCCACAUCACCAGGGUGAAGAUUAUUCACCUGGUAGCUGUUUCAUGCAUUUAUCCUAGAAGGCCGGUGUCCCUCCUGGUUUUUAUUCCAACUGUACCCUAAAUUAAUUAAUUGGACCAAUUCAACUUCUUCUAAUAAGCACUUAAUUGGUCCAAUUAAGUCAUUUAGCAUACAAUUGGAAUAAAAACCAGGACAGUGGUCCUCCACGACCUGGAUUGGAGACCCCUGAUUUAGACCUCUCUGUGUAAAAGGGGCUUCCUUGCUUCUGUUCUAAACUUUUACUCUGCUUCCAAUUAUGAGCUCUUUUUCUACUCCCUGAGCUAAAUUUGAAGUAGUGACUUUGGUUUAAUUAUUUUAUUCCUUAUAGCUUAUACCAGGGGUGGCCAAUCCUAGUCCUGGAGAGCCGCAGGGUCUAAUGGUUUUCGUUCCACCCGAGUUCUCAAUUACUAAAUUGAACCAAUUAUUUUCUUAACUGAACCAAUUGUUUUCUGAACUGGUCAACACGAACAUGUCUCCGAGGUCUUUUGCCAUUGAUGAUUUAAAGAGACCCAGAAAACCUGCAGGAUUGUGGCGCUCUAGGACCACGAUUGGCCACCCCUGGCUUAUACCACUGGGAUAGGCCUGGUUGCCCUUCCUUGUACCCUCU